CAGUUCCUUCCUUUGUGAAAAUUUGGGGUUCUGCUAAUUGAAAGCUGAGCUGCCCCUUCCCCUCCCCCUUUCCCUUUCCCUUUCCCCGUUCAAGUUUGAAUCCCAGUGUUAAUUUGGUAGUUUCCUUCAGUAGCUUUUGCAGUCGCAUGAUCCUCGCGGUGCGAGUGGGCAAUGGAGGCCACUUCCUUUUCUGCAAUCUCAAGAGGAUUUCCCGGUUCUUCGUCAGAAACAUUAAUGCUCAAAAGGAUGAAGCUUCCUGUUUGGCACCAGGUGUCUGUCUCCAUCUCGCCAACUAAAAGCACCAGCAGACCUUCAUUGAGUCGAAGAAGGUUUCCAAUUCAGAAGGGACAAUCCCUGCAGGUGGUUUGUAGCCAAAAUAAUGAUGCCCCUGUGGUAGAGGCCAGGCGUAUGGAUGAAAUAUACGAUUUCUUGGCUGAACGUCUUGUUUCAGCAAUAGUCACAGCAUCAAAUCCCAAUUUCAAGUACAUUGUGGGUUUGGCUGGUCCUCCAGGUGCCGGAAAGUCUACUGUUGCAUCUGAAAUCGUUCGGCGUGUAAAUGAGUUAUGGCCUGAAAAAUCUUGUUCAUUUCAUUCACAAGUUCAACCACCAGAGGUGGCUACAGUUCUUCCAAUGGAUGGAUUCCACCUAUAUCGUCAUCAGCUGGAUGCUAUGGAGGAUCCAGAGGAAGCUCAUGCAAGGAGAGGAGCUCCAUGGACAUUUGAUCCUGAACUGCUGCUAAGAUGCAUCAAGACUUUGAGGAAUCAGGGAUCAGUUUAUGCUCCUUCAUUUGACCACGGUGUUGGAGAUCCAGUGGAAGAUGAUAUUUUUGUGAGCCUUCAGCAUAAGGUGGUGAUAAUGGAAGGGAAUUAUCUGCUCCUCGAAGAUGGGGUUUGGAAGGAGAUAUCAUCCCUUUUUGAUGAGAAGUGGUUUAUUGAGGUUGACAUCGAAACAUCGAUGCAGAGGGUUUUAAAGAGACAUAUAUCGACUGGAAAGCCUCCAGAUGUAGCUAAAUGGCGGAUAGAUUACAAUGACCGGCCUAAUGCAGAGCUCAUAAACAAGUCAAAGAAAAAAGCAGACUUGAUAAUCAAGUCAGUUGAUUUCUCGAGUUGAAUUCAAUCUGUUUUAAGGUUGAAUAAAACUCGCAUUCUCUUUGAAUUACUAGGAGGGUGUAGGAAUCUGCAUAUGGAUAAUGCAUCCUGUUUCCUCUCAAGUUAAUGCUCAAUAAAGGAUAAAUGAUAAGGGGGUUUUCUCGUUUUCAUAAAAAGGAGGUUAGAUUUCAUGUAGUCAAUCUCUUCUAAGGAGAUUGAAGUUUAUGAUUAUUGUUGUAGUGGUGGUGGUGGACUGGUGGUAGCAAUUGGUGCCGCUUUAUUAUUAUUUUCUUUUCAAUUGAAAUAUUUGGCAACAUUAAGUGG